UACCCCAUGGAGACAAUCACCCAAACAAGUUGAUACACAGUAAGCUCAGACAAAAUGCCAGAAUACUGCGUAACCGGAGGGACUGGAUUCAUAGCCUCCUACCUGAUCAGAGAACUUCUAUCUAGAGGCCACAUUGUUCGCGCAACCGUUAGAGAUCCAGAUGACGAGAAGAGGGUUGGUUACCUAUGGAGCUUCGAUGGCGCAAAGGAGAGGCUGAAGUUGGUGAAGGCUGAUUUGAUGGAGGAUGGGAGCUUCAACGAGGCUGUGGAUGGCGUCGACGGUGUUUUUCAUACUGCAUGCCCUGUCUUUGUUCCUCAGGAUAACAUUCAGGAGACGAUGAUCAAGCCAGCAAUCAAAGGCACAGUGAACCUGCUCAAUUCCUGUGCCAAAGCAAGAUCGGUAAAAAGAGUGGUUCUCACAUCUUCCUGCUCUGCUGUAAGAUACCACAAGGACGCUGCUGCAAUCUCCCCUCUCAAUGAGUCUCACUGGAGCGAUGUAGAGUACUGCAAGAAAUACGAUCUGUGGUAUGCUUAUGCCAAGACGCUGGCAGAGAAAGAGGCAUGGAAUCAGGCAAAGGUUCAGAACAUCGAUCUUGUCGUUGUAAAUCCUUCAUUUGUUGUUGGACCUCUGAUCACACCACAACCUACAAGCACUCUGCACAUGGUCCUCUCCGUUGUGAAAGGUUCACAAGAAUUUUUGGGACAUUUCCCUGCAUAUCCCAACAUAACUAUAGGGUUCGCUCACAUCGAUGAUGUGGUUUGUGCACACAUGAUAGCCAUGGAAAACAGCAGGGGCUCAGGGAGGCUCAUAUGUUCGAGCACUGUUGCUCAUUGGUCAGAGAUUGUCGCGAUGCUCAAGUCAAAAUAUCCAUAUUUGCCGUUGCCAGAUAAGUGUAGUGAGAUGCAAGGAGAUAGCAACCCACAUAGCAUGGACACCACAAAGCUCAAGGAGCUAGGGCUUCGCUCUUUCAAAACUAUUCCUCAGAUGUUUGAUGACUGCAUUAAGAGUUUUCAAGAGAAGGGAUUUCUGUGAAGCAGCUGAUGCCGACCAAGGACGGUAAAAAUUGUUACGAAGGUCAAUAAGGUCUUAAUUGACUGAGUAGUUUCCUUUGUUUUCAGUGAAAGAGAAUAUGUUUUCUUAAUGACUCAACAAUUGCAGAACAACAAGGUAAUAAGUAACAGUGUCUUGAAUUAGUAUAAAAGCGUCCUUCGAUCUGGGGAAGUUUGAUAUCCA